GGGCGGGCGGCUCCUGCCGAGCUGUGCCGCGUCGGCGCUGGGCACUGAUGUACGCCUGCUGUUUUCAGCUUGCCUGGAGGGCGAGAGGGCCGCGGAUGGGGGCGCUCGGGAGGCCAAGUUCCCUUGCCCCCUUGCCAUGUGGGAGCUCGGACACUGCGAUCCCAAGAAAUGCACCGGGAGAAAACUAGCCCGGAAAGGGUUGCUGCGAACCCUGCGCCUCCGCCAGAGAUUCCCGGGCGUCGUCCUGAGUCCGCUGGCCACGGAGUACGUCUCUCCCGCCGACAGGAUUGUCGUUGCUCAGAGUGGAAUUGCAGUCAUAGAUUGCUCAUGGGCCAAACUAGAAGAAACUCCCUUUAAGAGAAUAAAGGGGAGUCAUCUGCGGUUGCUGCCUUACUUGGUGGCUGCAAAUCCUGUAAACUAUGGUCGGCCGUGCAAGCUGUCCUGCGUGGAAGCUUUUGCUGCAGCGUUUUGCAUUGUUGGAUUCCCAGAUCUAGCCACCAUUCUUCUAAGGAAAUUUAAAUGGGGUAAGGCAUUUAUUGACCUGAACAAAAAUCUCUUGGAAAAAUACGCAGCCUGUCAUUGCCAGGACGACGUGCUAAGCAUUGAGAAGGACUUUCUAGCCUGUGUUCACGAAAAAAAAGACGAAGUAGAUCCAUUUGAUAUUGACUUAGAAAAAGAAUUUUCUAAUCCCAACAGACCCGUCAAUUCCUCAGGUCUAGCACAAAGGAAGGAAGACUCUAAGGAGGACAGCAUGAGCAGUCCAGAUGAUGCCACUGAAAGCAGUGAAAGCACUGAUGAGAGCAGUCCAGAAGAAAUAAAAAUCCCCAAUAAUCCCAAUGAGUCGUAACAUCUUAUAUAAAAAAAUUUUCUUGUGAA